AUGAAGACUCUCAAUUCCCUCUUUGUUGCAUGCCUCUUCCUCACUUUGGUUUCGGCACUAGCUACUCAGCCUAGGGACGUCGGUCAGAACUCGUUCUGCGAUGACCCUGAUAACGCCAUUCCUCUGUACCGUGGAUUUUCGCCGUCGGGCAGCGACCAUUUCUACACAACAGACGCCGUCGAAAUGGAGACUGCGAUCAGCAACGGCUACACUUUCGAAGGCGACGCUUCCGACGUCUUUGGAUCUCUCCCGCCGUUAACGGUCACGGUCCCCUUCUUCCGUAUGUUCAGCUCCAACAUCGUCGAUCACUUCUACACUACGUCUGCCAGCGAGCGCGACAACGCCGUCGACAAUCUCGGGUACACCGACGAAGGCAUUGCUGCUUAUGUUUAUUCCAGCAAUAUAUGUAGCAGCAUCCCUCUCUACCGCAUGUACAGCGGAGGCGCCACGGACCAUUUCUACACAACGUCCGCGCCGGAACGCGAUAAUGCUGUGAACAAUCUAGGUUACACAUACGAAGGCGUCGCAGCGUAUGUGCUCAACGCCCCCGCAUAA